CUUCUUCCUUGUUGAAGCACAAAGCCAAGGUAGAAGCAAUGACCCUGGACCUUGCUCUGCUCCGUAGCGUGCAGCAUUUUGCUCAAGCGUUCAAGGCCAAGAAUGUGUCACUCCACGUGCUUGUGUGCAACGCAGCUGUGUUUGGGCUCCCCUGGACCCUCACGGAAGACGGCCUGGAGGCCACCUUCCAGGUGAACCACCUGGGCCACUUCUACCUCGUCCAGCUCCUGCAGGACGUCCUGUGCCGCUCUGCCCCUGCCCGGGUCGUUGUGGUCUCCUCGGAGUCUCACAGAUUUACAGAUAUUAACGAUUCCUCGGGAAAACUAGACUUUAGCCGCCUUUCUCCAUCGAAAAACGACUACUGGGCCAUGCUGGCCUACAACCGGUCCAAACUGUGCAACAUCCUGUUCUCCAACGAGCUCCACCGCCGCCUGUCCCCCCGUGGGGUCACGUCGAAUGCAGUGCACCCCGGGAACAUGAUGUACUCAGCCCUCCACCGUGGCUGGUGGGUGUACACGCUGCUCUUCACCUUGGCGAGACCCUUCACCAAGUCCAUGUUUCUUCCCUUAGCUGAAACAGACACUCUGGACAGCGAGCAAAACCGUGUCCUUUUGCUGGGGCCUGGGCUGGUAAAGGAGUGUUGAUGAGGAAGCAGUUUGGAGACCAUAGAAGCACCUCGAGACAGGAGUGACCAUCUUCUGUUGCAAAGCAUGUAGAGAAACUGCACCCCUUGCGUCUCGAGUCUGCCUGUCUUGUAGCCCCUUAACCAUGUUGUUUGGAAAUCAUUUCAUUUCUCCUCUUGCUUCUCAGUGUGUGGCACACGGUAUGUGCCCAGUAAAUAUGUGUUGACCUGAACCACGGCUUUUACGUUAAU